AUGGGUUCAAUCUCACAAUCGACCGGGGAGAUUUACCGGCCCACGCCUGCCGACAUUACUAUCAACAACCACCAGCCAGGUGACCCCGAGAAAGUUCUGUUCAAGAAUGUUCGCAUCUUAGACUCUACAGGCAGCCUCCCUUACCUAGGAGACGUCCUCAUCCAAGGAGAACGCAUCGUGGCUGUAGGACAGGUUGAUGAGACAGCCUCAACAGGGGCCUUGGUGAUCGAUGGAGGCGGCAGCCAAACGCUGAUGUCGGGCCUGGUUGAUGCUCAUACUCAUCUCAGCUUCAACAAUGCAAAGACACUAGACGGGCUGACCACUAUGCCACUGGAAGAGCACGUCAUUGCUACCGCUCACUCAGCCAAGACCUACCUCGACUGCGGCUACACCAUGUGCUUCGGGGCCGCCUCAGCGCGUGCCCGACUCGACAUCGCCAUCAAGGCCUCUAUCAAGUCUGGCCUCAUUCCGGGACCGCGGACCCUGGCUAACACGCCAGAGAUUACCACUACCGGGGGCGCCAUCGUCCCUGACAUAUCGAAGUAUGCAGACGGCCCGCACGAGAUGCGGAAGACAGUGCGGUCAUUCAUCGAGCUGGGAGCGGAUAACAUCAAGCUUAGCAUAACCGGUGACAACAUCACGGACAGCAUGCCGAGCGACGAGACGUACUUCACCCUGGAGGAGACAGUUGCUGCUGUGGAAGAGGCCCACAACCGAGGAAAACGAGUGUGCGCCCAUGCGCGUAGCAAGGAAUCUGUCAAGCUGUGUCUCCAGGCAGGUGUGGACGUGAUCUACCACGCUAGCUUUAACGAUGAAGAGAGCUUGAAUAUGCUGGAGCAGCGAAAGGACUCGGUCUUUGUGGCACCGGCCAUCAAUCUACCCCUUGCCACUUGUGCGGGAGAUGCUAUACCCUUCGGGUUCACGGUCGAGAUGGCCGAGAAGAAGGGCGUCAAAGAAGAGGUGGAAGCAGCUUGCAAGUCCAUGAGAGAAAUGCACAGAAGAGGCAUCCGGGUGCUGCCAGGCGGGGAUUAUGGUUUUGCGUGGGCACCGCAUGGCACGUACGCGCGGGACUUGCAUCAUUUCGUUAAGCAUUUUGGUUACACGCCAAUGGAGAGUAUUCUAGCGGCCACGGCCCUGGGAGGGGAGAUCAUGGGCCAUCCGGAGGAAUUAGGCAAAGUGCAGCCGGGGUAUUAUGCCGACGUGAUAUUAGUCGAUGGGGAUCCUCUAGCAGAUAUUACUGUUCUGCAGGAUAGGUCGCGACUGCAUGCCAUCGUGAUCAACGGCCAUAUCCACAAGAAUGUCUCGGGUCCUGCUUAUUGA